GUUUUUUUCACAGCAAGAUAUAAUAGUUUUCAGUAGAGUAUCCUAAAUGGUGAUAUUACACUUCAGUGUUUUUCAUGAAAUGAGUAGCCUGUGAGAUCACCAUUAAUCUUCUUCCUUUUGCAUGACCUUGGCCUCUCAGUUUCAUAAGAAACACAAAUUGUAGUUAAUUUUCUUAAGCACAAAAGAAUCUUUCAGCUUGCAUGAGUCUUGGCUAUUUGAAGCCCCUUUCACCAGACUAUUCUCCCACUCCUGCCUGCCAAACUAGAGAAUCAGACUUUGCUGCUGCAAAAUGUGCUUCUCACAUGGAGGCUGGGCAAGAGUAUUGUCCUAAAACAAGUCUUGAAAGUGUAUCUAAUGUAUCCUGGGAUGUAAAACGUAUUCUUGAAUACAUACAUGAAAACUAUUUAUUAGAUACUGGCUACAUGCUAUUCUGAGAAACACAAUACACAAGAGAAUCCCAUCUGGAGUACUUAAUAACCAAUAACUUCUUAACUGGGCCAGCUUAAACUGAACAUAAAAUGAAAAGGCACUGGAAUGACAAUUUUCUCAUGGGCCAUAUGUAUGCCUGGGGAUAGUGAUUGCCUAGAGAUAGGACUGUUUGGUUCUUGCACCUUUCUGUGUAAGAGUGCCUAUUAAAAAUCAGUUUAAGCUUCUUUUUAAUAGUAACUUUAAAUGUAAAGUUGGUUAUCACAAUUUAAUAUUUUCUUCACUCUUUCUUUCCAAGAUUUAUCUGGUGUUCCUCAGAGUUACAAAAAUGGAGAAUAGGUAAUAGAAACCAUUAAAUGUUAGUGUUUUGGAAGGGCAAACACAAAGCAAAAAAGAUUCUUACCGCUCCUGGAACAAAACCAACUUUACACAUCAAAGAAAAAAAAAUCCGAAGUGAUAACAAAAAUAAAACAACCAAUAUGGAAUUGAAUGUUUAGCUGAGUAGAAAUUAUCUGUUGUCAGAGUAGAGGGAGAUUAAGCACUGAGAUUUCACAAACUCAAGGAAGGUCUACAGGCUCUGGCUGCUUGACUGAAGAACCUCUUAAGAAAACACUGAAGGGUUGCCAGGGUCCUGAGGUUCACCACAUCCACCAAAGCAAAGUCUUUCUGGUGCACAUAUUUAACAGAAACACUCCACGUUUGUAGACAGUGCAUGCCAGAAGGAGGAACAAUUACCACUUAUGAUAAACGUGGUUUAUUUGUCUGUUACAAAAUCAAGCUGUUAAUUGCUUUAAAAUUCCCUGGGAAACCAAGCUCCACCCCCGUGCUUUGUAACCAUAACAGAGCAAGGAAAACGAAGUAAGAAUUACACGACAAGGCAUUGUUCUCAUGCUACUUCCAUGGGAGUAGGAGUUAAGGGCAAAGGAAAAGACAUGAAAAGUCACAGCAGGAAACAGUCAACAUACUUCUGAGUAAAACAUUAAACUGUUCUCACUACUUACAAGGAAUCAUGCUACAUUUCUUGGUCUCUUUACCAUGCACUGCCACCGAUGAUCUACUACUUCCCACUUCAGACACUGGCACUCACAGGCCUGGAAGCUUUUGCUGUUGCCUUCCUUUCCCCGAUAUUCUUGACAUUUGGCCCCUUUUGGAGGCUGGCUAACAAUAAGUAUGUCUUAGCCUUUCUGAGAUUGACUAUGGUUGGAAGCUUAGCAUCAUACCAUGCACCAAAUGCUUCAAUUAGACUACUCAUCUUGGCUGCUGGUGUUUCUUCUUCAUUGCUGGUUCAAACAGUAACAUGGUGGUCAGGAAACAGUUUACAAAGGUUCAUCAGGAUAUGGGGCUUCAUGCUAGGCAAGAUAAUGCUCCUUGUUCUUCGUAUUUGGUACACAUCACUUAAUCCAGUCUGGAGCUCACGAGUUGCCAAUACUGUCAUACUGACAGUUGGUUUUGUAGUAGCAGUGGAGCGAAUUCAUUCAGGUAGAGACAAGAGGAAACAAGAAACAAACAAAACUAGUAAUGUGGUUAGAGAGACUGCUUCCCAUCCUCAUUGGUUUUUAUCAGGGAUUGCUUUUGGCAGCCUCAUGUUCCUCACUCUGUGGAUAUUUGGGGAGGUAUCAUUAAUUUCUAGAUGGGCAGUAAGUGGACAUCCACAUACAGGUCCAGAUCCUAAUCCAUAUGGAGGUACAGUUCUGUUGGGCCUUGCUCAUGGACUGAUGCUUUCAUUUUGGAGCUGGUCUUCUGUCAUCAGUUUUGCCUUGUUUCUCAUAGGUUUGGCAUCUUCAGCUGGUCUCCUUUAUUUACAUACCUGGAGUGCUGCUGUUGCAGGCAACAUUCUUGGUAUCUUUACUAUGUGUGUGUGGCCUCAACUAGCUGGACGCUUUGUUAGCUGUCUGCAUCCUGGGAAAGCCAUGAGUACAGCCAUGCUUGCCUAUGUCCUUGAAUUAUUCUUCUGUGUCUGGUGUACAGCUUAUAAAUUUGUGCCUGGAGGAGUUUACAUUAGAGAAAGCUCCCAUCUUCUUCUAGGUUUUAUAAUGCUAUGUAUUGGAGUAGACUUUCUAACAGGACCCAAGAAAGACCUUAGCUCUGUCUUUGAAGUGAAAAGCAAUCAAAAACCAUUCUUCAAAAGGAGUAAAAAGUGUAUUAAACUAUUAUUGUGGCUGUUUGUUGGUGUUGGUUUGCUUGGAUUGGGUUUACGUUAUAAAACUUACCGGAAGAAGCUGGGCCAAGGGGUUCCAAAAAGAGAUUUCUCUGCUAUGAUCUGGCCUUUUAGGUUUGGAUAUGACAAUGAAGGAUGGUCUAAUUUGGAAGGAUCAGCUAAUCUGCUUAAUCAGACAGAAGCAGAUUUUAUCACUAUUAUAGAGAGUGAUGCCUCUAAACCAUUCAUUGGAAACCAUGACCCAACAAUGUGGCUAGGAGAAAGACUGGGAUUUUAUACAGAUUUUGGUCCAAGCACAAGAGAUCACACUUGGGGGAUUAUGGCACUAUCCAGGUAUCCAAUUGUAAAAUCGACCCAUCACCUCCUUCCAUCUCCAGAGGGAGAGAUUGCACCUGCCAUCUCCCUGACUGUCAACUUCACAGGGAAGCUGGUUGAUUUUGUUGUUGCUCACUUCGGAAAUGAAGAAGAGGACUUGGAUAGAAAACUCCAAGCAAUAGCUGUUUCAAACCUAUUGAAGACUAGCUCUAAGCAGGUUGUAUUUCUAGGGUACAUCACUUCAGCUCCUGGAUCCAGAGACUAUAAUGAAUUAAUAAAAAAUGGAAAUGUGCAGGAUAUUGACAGUACAGAUAGGGACAGAUGGUGUAGCUAUAUUAUGUAUCGUGGAGUAAUAAGGCUGGGUUAUGCCCGCAUAUCUCAUGCUGGUUUAAGUGAUUCAGAAGUCCAGAUGGCCAAAUUUAGAAUCCCAGAUCACGUGGAUAACUAUGUGGACAAUGAUAGAAUUGUCACUGAUCCCAGCCAAGUUCCUGAGGACGUCCAUUUCAAUCCCAGGUUUGGAUCUUAUAAAGAUGGACACAAUUAUGUGCCUAUUCAUCACUUUCAUAUGAGCACUCCUAAAUAUUUUAAACGGACAAAUUAGAGGAAGAAAAUAAAAUACUAUUGAGACCAACAGGAAAAGUUUGCUGCUUGAAACUGAAUUGGCAGUCCAAAGGACUACAUUGUUUAAGGAUGAGCAACUCCCAUGCUGCACAACACUGUGAAUGUCUAUGUAGCUGCUGCCUUUCUUCUUCAAUGAGCUGCCAUCACUAUGAGGGAGGGAAGAUGCAUGCAUUUUGGUAAACUGGUAUUUACCUUGGCCUUUUGUGGAGGUAUCAAGUAUCAGAGUGCUAUUGCAAUAAAAAUCUCAGCCUUAUGUUUUUCAAAAUAGGAAUGGAACUAGUGUAUUUUUAAAUUGGGAGAGAUGCAGUAAGUAUGUGUUUGAAGUGUGAGCAUUUUCAACUCAAACAGUAUUUACAUCUGCUGCUAUUCUACAUUUUAUUCUUAAAUGACUUUUACAACAAUUUGAUGUUCAUAAUACUGGAGAAAAAGAGGUGACUUUAAUAGACUUCAUUUUAUUAGAAUAUAUAUAUUAGACAUAUAUGGAUAUUAGACACUUCGAUGUUUUUACAAAAGGGAGAGUACCUCUGAAUAAGGAUGGUUAUGAGAUACAUGAACACACUGACAAAGAAUUAAAAACAAUCAUGCUCAACAUAACGAGGUUUCUGAGAAGGGAGAAAAGUUGGUUGUAACUUUUACUUAAAAUGAACCAUAAUAAAGAAAAAAAAAAAAAAAAAGAAAAAGAUGUGACACUGUGUAAAAUGUUGUCUUCUCAGGGUCUCGUGGCAAUGGGUUUUAUAUUUAGCUCCUGAUCCUUCAGUAUAUGUGCAGAGCUUCCCUUUAACAACGAGGACAUCUUCAGUGUUGUCCAAAGGAUGUUUCCUGCUUGUGAGAAACAUGUUAGGUAAAUUAAGUGAUACAUUCAAUUUGGAAACCACAUUUGUGAUGUUGGUAUUUAAUACUGUGUGUUGUUCCAGUAAUAUCUAAGCAUAACAUAACUAUAAGGAAUAGGAUAUGUUGCAGGAAAGAGGCGGGAUUCUUUUUUCUCCCUCUAAGUCUUUGCCAUAUACUUUUAAGAACAGCUUGACUGUACUCAAUUUUAUUGUUUCUCUAUGUAAGCAAAUAAAGGAUGCGUUUUUACCA